CGUGCCGUUUGCAUACUUUUAUCGGAAAUCGAUCCUUUCACAAGUAGGGGGUUCUGUGUAUAAAAGCUUCGAGCAGUUAGAAUUAUAGUGUCACUGACGAGAUCAACAUCGGCAAGGAAGAGACUCUCGAGUCGAGAGCUCAAAAUUCAUUAAUUUAUAAAUAUCCGAGGAGUUAUGAUCGGCCGAUAGAAUCACGUUGCCACUGUUCUCGCUACCUUAAUUGUCGACAUGUGGAGUAAGAGGAUUUUCCUCGUCGCUGUAUUAUUAGUGAAGGUCAACGCGCGUCCAGACGGUUAUGGCGUCAAAGGUGGAAGGUUUAACAAGGCUACAGGAAGCGCAGUGGCAAAUGCCCAAGCAACUGCUUACGCGAAUGCCGCAAGUUUUGGAACAGCAAAGAGCUCUGCGAGUGCGAUAGCAACGGCAAGUGCGAACGGCGAUGGGUCGAGCAACGCGGUUGCGACUGCUGACGCCUCGAUUGAUGGAGGAAAUGUUGAAAAGGACGAGGGAGAAAAGGAGAAUGGAAAUGCUAAUGAGUUGGGUGCCUCCGACGACCUUCGCCAGCCAAACGAUCGCGGCGGAGCCACUGAAUACAAAUGCGUUAAUCAUCGAGACGGAACUGCCACUUGGAAUCCCCGCAAUCCUCACGCGGAGCACGUCGCAUCUGGCGGCGAUGACGCAGACUCAAGCGACCAGUCCGUUGACGAACCUGAUUGCAGUCCUGCAGGAGUCAAAGGUCAUCGUGGCACUUCCGGUGGAGCUUCGAAAAAUCGUUGCCGAAAUACGAAGCCGAAUGAAAAUGCCGCAUCCCCCGGGCAAAGUGGGGACGCGGAUUCGUCCGCCGGUUGGCAACACGCGGGCGGAGAAAACAGCGCGAAAGCCUCGGAGCUGGGAACGAUCGAUAGAAAUUAUGCUGCAAGUCCCUGUAGACCUGGAGACUCGGAGUGUCUCCCUGGAGCCCAGGGCAGUUACGGUGACCCCGGAAAGCCUGGAUCUUCGUCUGGAAAUCCCUCGGCCAGUCCUUGCGCGAACGGAGCUUCCAAAUGCCCAGCGACCAGUGGCGCGCAUCCAUCUCACGGGAAGCAUCCUCAUCCCGGGAACGAGGAGCAUCCCAAGCCGCCAGCUGCUUCGCUGGAACCGCCGGAAAUAGGAAACAGCUACGGGCCACGUGGCGAGGAGCUUGGAACUGCGGGGGGAAGUCAGUUUCCAAUUUCCUGUGCAGAUGGUAGCUCGAAGUGUUCAAGGCCCGAGCCAAGUGCUUUGAAUCCGUAUCCGUCGGUCGUAAAUCCUCCGGGCUCAUCGGCGAAACCCCCUGGAACUGGAAACAAGGACGCCCAACACAAUGGAGAACCGGGGACGUUCGAUUCGAGUCCCCCUCCUGGUCCGUGUGCUUCCGGAGGCGCCGAGUGCUCCGUACAAACUCCCAAUGUCCCGAGCCCGCACCCAACGUCCGGACAACAUCCCCAUUCGUCGAACGGGCCAUCAAGGCCUUCCGGGCACACCGAAAAACCUGGGAUGGUCGACCGGAGCUAUGCCGGAAGCCCGUGCGGACCUGGGGGCUCCAAGUGCUUCGUCCCGGAAGCCAGCACCGAGCCGGGAAACUCUGCUCCAUCCUGUGCUCCCGGAGGCUCCAGCUGCGUUGAGCCCAAGCCCAGUACUUCGAGGCCUCAUUCAACGUUCGGCGGGAAACCUGAUGGACCAUUGGGCCCGAUCGACCUUGACGGAACGUACGGAGGAGCUAACGCAAAUCCUGACGAGCCUCACAGACCCGGGAGUCAGGUUGGAACACCAUGCGCAGCUGGUGAUUCGAAAUGCGCUUCCUCCAGGCCAACGCUUUCCGGACAUCAUCCAGGCGGCUUCCAACACCCAAUAGAACUUCCGGGCCACGGAGGAAGCGCUCACAAACCUGGAACACUCGAUCCAACUCAUUCCGGACGUCCCUGUGCUGCAGGCGGUUCAAAAUGCCCAGCGCACCAGCCCAGCGUCUCAAAGCCUCAUCGAUCCUACGGAAAAAAUCCGGAUUUAUCGACUGGCUCAUCGAGUCCCAGCGGCGUCGACGGAGGGUACGGGGCGAGCGGCGAGGAACCUGAAACUGUCGGAGGACCUGGCAACCGCGCUCCGUGCGCGCCUCCGGACUGGAAAUGUUUGACACACGAGCAGAGUCAGCCAAGUCCUUACCCAACUCACAACACGAAUCCGUGGACGCCUCCUGGCAAAGAGCAUUCUAUCAAGGAAGCCGGUGGAUCACCAGGAAGGAAACCGGAAACUUCGAACCCAUUUCUUAACGGGGAUAUUGACUUAUCGAGCCUCAAAGGUUCACCGGCUCCUGAGGCGUCCUCAGGGGCAAAAAUAAACCCUUUGAAUCCUUUCCUCUAUCCCCAGAACAGGCCAAAACCUCCGACGGGUUCCCAUCACCCGAACAACCAAAGUCCGACGACGACUCCGCAAAAUCCUGGUCCAUCUUAUACUGGAGAGCCACAAGUCAAUCCUUCAAAUCCGUUCCUUUUUCCACAAGGACAAAGGAAUCCAAGUUCAGGAAUAAAACACCCUGGAGCCGUCACCGGAGUCCACUCCACCGGCGGCAAUACAGUCCCGCAUAAUCAAGUCCAGCCAGCAGGAGCGAAUGUUCCAGCAACCGGCGGCUGUCAUGGGCCAGGAUCGUGCACACCGAAUCAACCGGCUCCGGACUUCCCGAAUCGACCUGAAUACGCUCAUGGCGAGCCGUCCGGUGCAGCUGGACAUCACGUGACGAAACCGAAUCCUCCAAAACAUUCCGAUGGCGAGUCUCCUCCUGGGUCCGGACACCACGAACCGAAACCAGCUCCUCCAAACCCCUUUUUCCCUGGAACCGGUCACGGGGGAAAACCCGAAGAUUCAGAGCGGCCGGAGGCGAGUAAUCAGAAGGGAAGACCAGCUUCCCAAAGUGGGGGAAACAAAAAUCCAUUUUUCACGAGUCACGAGCUCGGAGUCCAAGCGCCUGGAGCCCCGGUGGGACAUGAGCCGGGGCAGCGUCCAGAUUCCCACGGACCGUUGGCCUCGGAACCAGGAAGCAAUCCGUUCCUGGGAAACAAACAACAUUCCAGCGACCAAAUUCCUCAAGCUGCCCACGGCUGCGGAAGUGGUACAGCCACCGUGGGUUGCAGCCUCCACAAUGGGCCAACUGACGAAAGUGCCGAAGGACACGAACCGGAAACAACGACGAAGCGGUACGACUACGGUGUCAAGGGCCAUCGAGCAGGGGUCAAAGGUGGAUCUCGCGGCCCCCCGACGAAGCUCGAAGGGAGUUUGAGACCUGGUGAAAAUGGGCACUUUGGACCUGGCCAGAAUCCUUCGGCGCAGAGCUCCGCCGUUGCUUCUGCACACGCUUUCAGCCAUGCUUCAGCCUCGAGUUCAAGUUCCAGCACAGGUGGCCAAAGCAGUGCAAGUGCCAAGAGCGAAGCUUACAGCAGCAACCAAAGUGCUGAUGGAUUGAGCGGCUCUUGGGCUUCCAGUCGUGCCAGUGCCCAUGCCUCAGCUUUUGCGAGCAGUUACAGCAGCAGUGAUGCUAACCAUGGCCAGGGGGGAGCGACUCUUCCGGAAAUUCCAGCCCAAUGAGGUUCAACUGCACUUAAAAGUGGAAACUGCAAAAAUGACGUUGACGUAUGUCGCAAUGUAUGAUAAAUACUCGAAAAUUGUUGUAUCGAACGUACCAAUUUUUGACGACCAAAUGCAUAAAUCACGUUUGCAAAUUCUUCUUAUUUAUUUUGUCAAAUAAAGUUAUCUGAUCCUACGA